GAGUAUUCAGAUACAACACUUCAUCAUUUUUAUUUUAGUACACUUUACAUAUUAUCAAUGGCUAAAGGUCCAACCAUUAAUCUCGCUUGCUUUCUUUUAUUCGUUCUCAUAGCAACAGAAUUUUCUUGUAGGGGUUAUGCCAGAGAAGAAAUAAAAAGAAGUGUCACAAUAGCACCGACAGGUUCUCAAAUCAACGGCGAUGGUGAUUACCCUUGCAAUGAUGUUAGCGAUUGUGAUGAUUAUUGUGGUUCUGAUGGUUGUGCUAUGUGUGUAAACGGCGAAUGCAAAUGCAAUUGUCCUAAUUGAGUAAAUUAUGAAUCAAGCAUUGUAAGAAUAAUAUUACUAUGUAAUAAUAAUAUAUCGAGGGUUUGACUUUAGGCCAAAUCUAUAGAACCGGUCACAGGAUUAGGACCAACAAUUCCAAAUCAAGCUUUAUCUUUUCUACAUUCACC